AUGCUUUCUCAAUCAGUUAUCAUUGCCCUCUUGGCCGCGUAUGGUGUCGCUAUUCCCCUCAACAUCAACCUUGGAGCCUAUUCGCCUGCCUUGGUAGUCGGUGAUGGUGAAAUAUCAUUCGGAGGCAAGGCCGACGUAGCGAACUUGAUGAACGCUCUAGAGGGAGCAGCAGUCAGUGGAGCCGCAGCCAACGGACAAGCACAAGCAGCUCCAGCCCCAGCAAUCGUGCCAGCAGCAACACCCUCGGCAUCACCAAUCACGGGAGGAUCAUCGGCAGCAGCUGUCGUUCAGCCAGCUGAGGAACAACAAUCAGCUCAAAUUGCGUCUCUGCAGGGUAUGGGCAAGGAAAUCGCACCACGUGUGGUUACUAUGGAGGCGGACAAGGAGGUUCUGAAGAGAGAUUUGUCUGGAUUCAAUGCCGCCUUGAAGUUUGCCACUGAUGCUUUGACCAAGAGCCCAGAGGUUCAGCUUGGAACUCCAGCUGCUGGUGUGGGAAUUAUUGUCAAGCCAGGAUCAGUGGGUGCUAAGCCAGCCGCCGCGGCAGGAGAGAAAAAGAAGAGACAAGAGGCCGCUCCUAAGUUGAAGACCACCGUCACUACCAUGUUUGUUCGAGGUGGACCAAGACCAGCAGGCUCAGUAGCAAGAAGUCCCGCAGAGGAUGCCAUCGCCAAUCUUGCCAAGCGUGAACCAAGUCCUGCUUUUGACGGUCUCAGCUUGAACAUGGCCGAAGGACAAGUUGCUGAACUCACGUUCAUUGAGACAAGAGCAGUGGAUGGUGACGAAGACGAAGAAGAUGAUGAGGAAUGA